UUGGCCCUAGAGUGGGAGGCGGGCCUGUCCAAAGUUUCACAUCUGGAAGUGCUUGCUGCUGCUCAGUCACUCAGUUAGGUUGAGUGGAACAACACUGCCAAAGACAAGAUGUCCUUCAUAAACGUAGAUGCAUCGUCUGAUUUCUCCUUCCACAACCUCCCCUAUGGAAUAUUCUCCACGCCUGAUAAUCCCAAAUGUCGCAUUGGUGUUGCCAUUGGAGACCAGAUACUGGACCUCAGUGUGAUAAAGUCUUUGUUUCGAGGGCCUGAGAUUUCCAGACAUCAAGAUGUGUUUGACCAGCCCACAUUGAAUGAUUUCAUGGCUCUUGGUUAUGAGGCCUGGAGGGAGGCCAGGAGGACCUUGCAGGGCUUGCUGUCAGCCAAUGAGAAUAUGAGAGAUGAUGUCAGCCUUCGGAGCAGAGCAUUUGUCCCCCAGAGUUCAGCCAUCAUGCACCUUCCUGCAGACAUUGGCGAUUACACCGACUUCUACUCGUCCAAAGAUCACGCCACCAACGUUGGCAUCAUGUUCCGGGGAAAGGAGAAUGCUCUGAUGCCAAACUGGUUGAGGCUUCCAGUGGGAUACCAUGGUAGAGCAUCAUCAGUGGUUGUUUCUGGGACCCCCAUCCGUCGCCCCUCCGGCCAGAUGAGACCUGACCAGACAAAGCCUCCAGUGUUUGGCCCGUCUAAACAGUUGGACAUCGAGCUGGAGAUGGCCUUCUUUGUUGGAGGAGGUAAUCAGCUCGGGGAGCCUAUUCCCAUCCAGAAAGCCCAUGAACACAUCUUUGGCAUGGUACUCAUGAAUGACUGGAGCGCCAGGGACAUCCAGGCGUGGGAGUAUGUUCCUCUUGGUCCUUUCCUGGGGAAGAACUUCGGGACAACCAUCUCACCCUGGGUCAUCCCAAUGGAGGCACUGUUACCCUUUGCAGAGCCCAACUCCAUUCAGGAUCCAGAGCCCCUCCCCUACCUGCAACACCCUGAUGCUUUCACUUUCAACAUUAACCUGUUUGUGUCACUCAAAGGAAAGGGCAUGGCAGAGGCAGCAACCAUCAGCAGGUCCAACUUCAAGUACAUGUACUGGACCAUGAAGCAGCAGCUCGCCCAUCACACAGUCAACGGUUGCAACGUCAGACCUGGAGACCUGCUGGCUUCUGGUACCAUCAGUGGACCUGAUCCAGAGAGUUUUGGCUCCAUGCUGGAGCUGUCAUGGAGGGGAUCUAAGAACAUCGAUCUGGGAGGAGGAGAAACCAGAACCUUCCUGAAGGAUGGAGAUGAAGUCACCAUCACAGGUUACUGUCAAGGAGAUGGCUACAGGGUGGGCUUUGGACCCUGCAUGGGAACCGUUCUCCCGGCCCUGCAGCACUGAAACACGCUUACUGUUAUUUAGGAGGGAAUCCUUCUGUGGAGCAUAAAUACCGGAAGACACACACGUACACGCCUACAGUAUCUCACCCUCAUUUUAACCAUUA